CCUGUGCCGCUCCGCCUCUCUCCUUCAACAGGAAACCCCCGUGUUUUGGUUCAAGUCACAGGCGUUGCCCCUCCCCGUGGUGUCCGGGGUGGCGACUCCAACUUUGUGCCACCGAUGAGGAGAAAACAGGGAGAUUUGGGCYGUGGGACGUGGCAGCUGCUGGUUUUCCGCUCCUUCCCUGUGCCAAGGCACAGCUGGAUUCGGCAGGAGGGAAGGCGGGAGCGGGGAGAGCAGCAAACCUUCAGCAGAGCUCGCUCUUCUCACUUUAUUUCAGCUUCAGGAAGAGCGCCAUGGAGGCAGCGCUCAUCUUCCUGUGCUCCCUGCUGGUGCCAGCGGCCGUGGCAGACGUGGCCACCCAGGAGAAGGAGGAGGAGGAUCCCUUUAACUAUGAUUACCAGAGCCUGAGGAUCGGGGGGCUGGUGUUCGCCGUGGUCCUGUUCACCGUGGGCAUUCUGCUCAUCCUCAGCAGGAGGUGCAGGUGCAGUUUCAAGCAGAAGCCCAGGGCUCCAGGGGACGAGGAGGCUCAGGCAGAGAACCUGAUCACCUCGAACGCGACGGCGGCACAGAAAGCAGAGAACUGAGCAGGAGCCGUGCGACCCAGAGACCCGAGGAUGGACGCUCGGAGCGCAGAUGCCCGCAGCCUGCGAGGAAACCAAACCCCCAGCAGCAGGUUCCCCCCAGGAGACACGGACCUGCCGUGUCUGUGUCCCCCUCUGUGCUCCAGCACCGGUUCUCUGUUUCCUAACCCGACUAAACUCCGCUCAGCGUCCUCUCUGCCUCCCGUGGUGUGUAAUGUUGCUGUGAGAUGAUCAUUACCUCUAGGGCUAGUUGUUGCUGAUGUUGUAAUCGUGACUUUCUCUUCACCUUUCUCGUGCUGUGCGUGUGAUUCGGGCUCUGCAGCACUGGCAGGCGCUGCCCUUCGGGCUGCCCUCCCAGCCUGGCAGCAGGGAGUGUGGGCAGUGGGGCAGGGACCCCCGUUUGGGCAGAAUUUGGGGACCCGCAGUGCCCUGGGGACCUGCCCGGCCAUUCCAAGGCCAUCUGUGUCCAUUUCAGCAAUAACCCCCUGCAUGUCCCCAGCCCAAAAACAGCCAAGGUUUGGGGUGAGUCAGGCAGGGACAUCCCACAGCUCAACCUCCCUCGCUGGGGUCAGCUGGAUUCAAGGCUGAAGGGAGCUCUCCUGCCCGUCCUGCUUGGCACUCCCCGUUUCUGUCCCUGUUAAACCUGUGGGACGCUGCUUUAAGUGUGAGGAAAGGCCGUGGUGGCAGAGAAGCCCGUGAGGUCCCCAGCACGGUGACACUGUGGAAGAGGGCGGCAGCACAGCGGUGACCCCGUUAACCAGCACAAACCAGCUCCUGCCUGCGAGCCASAGCUGGGUGGGUGACACAGUCCUAAAGAGGGCUAAAGAGAAACAAAGAUCCUGUCUGUGCCUGUCUCCGGCAGGGAAGGGGCAGUGGCGUUUCCUGCUGGUGCUCCCUGCCCCUCCUGACGCCUUGUCGCUCCCUGUGCCACCCAUGUCAGYGCUGUGUUGUCCCGUGGUGGUUCUGUGUCACCCCCAGUGCCAGCUGUCCCUUCUCCCCUCGGAGCAGCAGCGAGUGGCAGUGAGUGAUUCUCGGGGCUUUUGCACACCUGAGCUGGCACUGUGACAGCGUGCUGAGCCCAGAGGCCAUUGUCACCCUGUGUCCUCUCGUGGCUCAGAGGCAAAGCUGUGGUUUUUGGACCGUCCCCGAGUCCACGGGCAGGAAACACCUCGUGUGGGGCUGGGGACUGUCAGCUCGGAUGGGGACAGCAGUGAGGGGUCCCCAGGGCUGCCCUGACACACCUCAGGGUGCCAUCCCCRCACCGAGAAGGGGGUCCUGUCUCUGAGGAUGGUUUUGAGAGGCGUUUCUGCUGUGUCCACCCCGCUGUGGUGGCCCUGCCUYCAGCGUGGGCUGUGUCCCUGCGUGCUUGGCAUCGUUUGGUGGCACGGGGCAGCUCUGUCCCAUCCGUGCCAGGCAGAGGGACCGUGUCUCUCGUGUCGUGUCCCUUCCCUCCGUCCUGSCUGUCGCAGAGAGCUCCGGGCAGAGCAGCCCCCGGCCCCCGAGUGUCACGGUGUGUGUCCCGUCGGAGUGCCCGUGCUGUCCGUAGUGUGCCGUCGGUGUUACCACCAAACAAAGAGCUCCCUGUGGUGUGUAAAAUGGCCAAACCCUGACUGUUGUAAAAUAAACUGAGCUAUUGUGUCUCCUUUUAAA